AUGGCUUCUUAUGUAAAGGAAAUCGGAGGGAAGCUUUCAAACGACCCAUUUCUUACAGAGGAGAUAGGCGGCGGCGGAGGAGGAGAAGAAGACAAGAUGCGGCGAGUUUGGGUACCGGGACCGGUGAUAGUGGGUGCAGGGCCGUCGGGGCUAGCGGCGGCGGUAUGUUUGAAACAAAAAGGGGUACCGAGUAUUGUACUGGAGAGAUCCAACUGUAUAGCGUCGUUAUGGCAGUUGAAAACGUAUGAUCGCCUACGGUUGCAUCUACCGAAGCAAUUCUGCGAGCUGCCGUUUAUGAGUUUUCCGGCGGAAUUUCCGACGUACCCUUCCAAGAAUCAAUUCGUGAGUUAUUUGGAGGUUUACGCUGAGAGAUUCGAUAUACGGCCGAGAUUCAACGAGACAGUAGCGGAGGCGGAGUACGAUCACACGCUCGGGUUUUGGCGCGUGAGGAGUAAGCAUGGUAAUACCGACGAGAUCGCGACGGUGACGGAGUACGUUUCACGGUGGUUGAUUGUCGCCACCGGUGAAAAUGCGGAGGCGGUGGUACCGAAACUCGACGGAAUGGACGUAUUUGAUGGCCCGAUUAAGCACGCGAGUUUGUACAAAAGCGGCGAAGAAUUUGGCGGGAAGAAAGUUUUGGUCGUCGGCUGUGGGAAUUCCGGCAUGGAAGUUAGUUUGGAUCUCUGUGAACACAGAGCCAGCCCUUCCCUCGUCGUCAGAGACGCAGUUCACGUGCUGCCACGAGAGAUGCUGGGAAAAUCGACGUUUGGGCUGUCCAUAUGGUUGCUAAAGUGGCUGCCCGUACGUCUUGUCGAUGGGUUCCUGCUGAUGGUGUCCAGGCUGAUUCUUGGGGACACUGCCAAAUUCGGAUUGGACCGGCCCAUUAUCGGCCCACUUCGUCUCAAGAACCUGUCCGGCAAGACACCCGUCUUGGAUGUUGGUACCCUUGCCAAGAUCAAAACGGGACAUAUUAAGGUACGUCCAAGCAUCAAGCGGCUGAGACGUCAUGCAGUGGAGUUUGUUGAUGGAAGAAUAGAAAGAUAUGAUUCCGUUAUAAUGGCUACUGGUUAUAGAAGCAAUGUGCCCUCUUGGCUAAAGGAGGGAGAAAUGUUUGGGAAAGAAGAUGGGUUGCCAAGGAAGCCGUUUGGGUGGAAAGGGAAAAACGGGCUAUAUGCUGCGGGGUUCACAAAUCGUGGAUUACUCGGCUCGUCAAUGGAUGCCAAGAGAAUCGCCGAGGACAUCGAACGGUGUUGGAAAGCCGACGCCAAGUUUUGUACUCCCUUCACGCAAUCUCUACCCUCCACGUAG